GUCAGUGUGCCAGCAGUCCGCGCAGAGCGCAGAGCGCAGCGCCACGCUGAAUCUGACCGUCUGUCACACGGAGGAUCUCCACACCUUCACUGGAUUUGAAAGACAACAAGAGUGGAUAAACUGAGCGAAUAAGGGGUCAACCCAGGUGAGGUGAGGACAAGGACAAGAUCUGCAUCUCCCCUAUCUGUCCAUCAACAAUCCAAGUGCCUCGGUGCCGGCCACCCACAGGUCACCUCAACCACGACGGGCGCCAAACAAUAAAAGUCUUGACCCAGUGUCCCUUGACAGCUUGCACAAAGCAAAUAUUUGAGGCCAUUAUAUCUAAUUUCUUCGCGCAGCCGUCACUGAAAAGAUCAACAGUGAAGGGUGUUGUUGGGAGAUUAAAAAAAAAGAGAGAGAGGAAAAAGCGGGGGAGGAAAAAGUAACCCUUUCAAAGUGCACCCUACAUGCUAUUUCUGCUGCGCUGUGGGCAGGGAGCGUCUCAUUUGGGAGUGCUUUUGGCUGACAAAAAAAAGCACUUCCCUGUGCCCUGCCUUCCUAUCCAAAUGCCUGUGUAAAUACUGGAUAGAGAUAUCAAUUUGUUCUAACACUGCCCAACAAAGAGACUGUAUGCUAUCUAUAGAGAACGAUACAACAAAUUUGGACUCUGUGGUCUCAUGAAUUGCUACUUAUCUAUUACCCCUAAAUGAAGAUUCAAGAGCUGUGAGAACUGGAAUGAGAGCUGCCAGACACCCUCAUUAGUUUUGAAACCUUAACAGGGCCAACAACAGCUCUCUUGGGGAAACUGUGAGUCAUUGAGAGGCUGCAGUUUGGAUGCCUUUCCCAGCCUGGUGAGCCAAUAUGAAGCCUCUGACACCAAUUGGAUCCCCCUCUCCUCUGAGGCUCCUCAACAAGGGUCCAGACUACCUGCGCAGGCAGAUAGAUGGCGGUGGCCAAGGUCGCUCAAUCAGCGCAGUGGAGAGACUGGAGGCAGACAAAGCCAAAUAUGUUAAGAGCCAGCAGGUGAUCAACACUAAACAGGAGCCUGUACUGGUUCCCUGUGCCACCCCGCCACCGCAGCCCCGACGAGCUGUUGCCAUCCCCGGCAGCCUGACCCCUCAUCUUCCCCUACGUCGUUCAUCCAACACCCCCUUCUCUACACUCUCUGGCUCCUUCACUUCACGAGAUGAGAAUGAAAAUGAUGACUCCAGAAAGGAGAACAGACGGACUUCUGUUGAUAUUGAGGCACAUAACAGGAGCAAUGUGAACAAUGUAAUGCCUCCGAGCCCCAGGACACCUGGAAUUAACACCUUAGUAGCGCCGCACAGUGCUCCUAUACUCAGAAGAAGCACAGGUAAACGCAUGUUGAGGCCUGACUCCCUCGUCAUCUACCGGCAAAAGAAAGAGUGCAAGAGCCCCAGUGGUGCAGCGGUGGGAGAGAACAAUAACAUGGAAGUAAAGGGGUACAGUUUUGUCCGCCGCCUCUUUCAGGGCUCCAUGAGGGAAAAGAGUAGCGGAGGUGAAGGCAGGAUUCAGAAGAUGGUCAUCGGUGAAGAAAAAGCACCAUCACGGGAUGGAGACUCCCGCAUGUCAUGGACCAACGACAAAGACACUGUGGAUGGCGGACCAGGGAGCAGGAGGUCAAGUAAAACUGACCACGAACGCAGCCCAAGGUCAAUCCCUAGUCCUGGGUUGAGCUGCACGCCUGAAGGGACUAAGGAUGGAUUUACAAAUGGCACCAGCGAUGGCGUUAGCAAUGGUAUCACCAAUGGAAACCACUCAAGUAACCAUGAUGAUGAGAAUGACCCGUGGAAGCGGGCGUCACCACCACCACCACCCAGACGGAAGUUUGGGCAGUUGCAUCGCUCCAAGUCAGACCUGCGUCUGCGCUGCUCUGUAGCAUUAUCAGAGCAGGAGCAUUUCUUUGACUUCUGUGGGCUGGAUAUGGACAUGAUAGAGCGUCUGGGUCGGGAGAAUUUCCUCUCUGGGGCCAGCUCCAUAGACACACUCUCAUUGGCCCUCCGCAGCGUGGGCGGGGACGGCUGCGGCGGCUCAGAGCCUAGCGAGUUCUCCCGACACUCAGGAGACGGCCUGUUUCAGGAGGAGCUGGCUGAGCAGCUUCCCACUGGGGUGUCAAUCAUCGAGAGAAACGCUCGUGUCAUCAAGUGGCUUUACGGGUGUAAGAACGCUGCUCGAGAGGGACCCAAAGAGUCUACAGUUUAAUAUAAGGAGAAGAUAGCAUGUGCCACGGAGAGCUGAGAAUCUGCAGGUGUUCAUUUCUAGUGAAACACGCGUUUGACCUUUACCCUUUGUGAAGAAAUAUGCUGCUUAAAUGCACCACAAACCAAAAGUCAAAGCAUUGAAUUGUCACUGAAUUUUCACUCGAACUUCAACAUCAUUCAGAAUGGGAUGUGAUAAGCUAGCCGUGUUGCUACAAUGCAACAUAGAAGAAAAAAAUAGGACUUGGUUCACAAGGUGCAAUGCAAGUCAAAGCGGCUGAGCUUAGGGUUUGUUUCAGCUGCUAAUGUCUGCACUUGCGGUUAGCAUCCGUGGCACAUAGUUAUCCUCAGUCCCUUGUUCUUCCCGACUCCAAAGAGACUGUUUCUUCAAGCGAGGGGACAAUGACUGCAACUAGUUAUCUCUUGUCAAAAUGAUAUGUUGUAUUUAUAGAGCCUAUGGAAGUAUUGUGUGGGUAUAGAUUGACCUUACUGGCGAAUGGAACCAUUUCUCCCUGCAAAAUGUUUUUGUAUCUGUAUGAGUGUGUGAGUGUGUGUGGAGUGGACAUUGCCGUCUUCUUCACUUGUAUCUUCCAUUCAGCUAUUGAAACAACUCUGAUUCAGACCUGAUCUGAAAUCAGCCCCUGUGACCCCUGACAAGGCACAUAAGUGUAUGUCUGUCAUGACACAGCGGACACAGUUUAGUGUCCUUGACACCAACACUUUCCCUUAAUGACUAAUUUAAAAUGGAAAACCACUAAGCUAUGAUUUUUUUCUAAACUGGAAAACUGUUGUGUGAGUGUGAAGUGAACCAUGAGUACCUCAUUCGGAUCUGUCCCAGUUUAGUUUGUGUGUUGCUUUUUUUUUUUUUACUCCUUAAACGCAGGCGUUGGAACAAACAUGCGAGGCACCCCUGUGGGGUUGUUAAUGCACUGAACUGGACAGGGAGAGAGGAAAUGAAAGAUAGAGAUAUAACUUUGAGUCUGUACAGAGAUUCAUCUCAUAUAACGUUAAACACUGAGCUGGAUUCAAAGGAGCACCUGCAUCGUGGAGGAUAAAGAGCCAUGCCUGGCCAGUAGAUUGCAUAAUUUUCAGCUCAUUUUCCAACCAAUUCUCACAUAGUAAACACUGUCCAAUAAUCACUUGUGACACAGUCAUUGAUUACCACAGCUAAUGCUUCAUGCCUGUAAAGUGCCCACAGCUGUGUAAGCUCUAGAGCUGCAAGGGAGAGACAGCCUGUUAAUGGUCAACUCUGUAGGAGCAAAACUGGACUGUGGCAGGCAAAUAUGUUCAAACUGAGGGUUUAAAUCUCACAAAAAAAUGAGAAUGAAGAAAAACCUAAAAUAAUAUAUUCACCUCCAAAAGUAAAGUAGCUAAAGUCGUCAGACCCUUACUGCCAAGUGCUGUACGAUGUCACUUUGAGCAUCUGGCAGUUUACAGAUGUUGAACCUCCCCAGCUGGCUCCGUCAGCCUGUCUCCCAUCAUAAAACAAGCAGGGGAGGAUAAGCUGCCCUCCUCUCUCUGAUAACCACAGAUCCUACCUCACUUCAUCCAUCCUUCAGUGAUUGUCACUUUAUCUCAAUGAAAGGUCAUUUCCAUUGCUUGGCCUGGAGGAUGCCACUGAAAUAUGAACUGGGGGUCUGCCGAGGUAUGUGGAGGUUAGACUGAGUAUUACUGAACCUAAGGGCACGUUAUAUUUGUACAUGUGAUAAAUGAACACAAGUAUUUGCAGCCUUGAUAUGUUUUCUUUUUCCUGUAUUCAUCAUGAGCAUGGCACACUCCUGAAACUCCUUCAGACUGGACUUUUUUUGUUGAGUUUUGUUUUAAUAAAAACCCUGAUAAAAACCAUUUGGUUGCAUGUUUACAAAGUGGCUCCGUAACUUCUGAAUCUCCUUUUUUAUUUCAUUUUGAUUUUAUUCCAAAGAGGUUUGUGUAUGAUGUACACAGCAAAUAAACACAAAUG